UGAGCAUGGGACUUACCCCUUUGAACACAUCCUACAUGCUGUUCCAUUACUGGAUCAAACUUAGCAAGCAGUUCCACUUCUUUCAGGAAGUUUGCAUUGUUUGGCAUGUAUAAAGUCUCUGAAGAAGCACGGAAAGCAAGGUUUCUUUCUGCAAGUGACUGUACAAUUGAAAUCAGGGUUAAGGAUCCUGAAAACUUGAUAACGAGUGCCAACAGUGCUCAAGUACAAUUCCCCUGCAAGUGGGACAUUGGCUUCAGGUUCCUCCGAUCAGCCGAUCCGUGUUUAUUCAGAUCACCAGCCUGGUAAAGCAGGAGCAAUGGCUUCAGGAGGUGAAGGAACAUCAGCUGGAUUUGCUGUGUCUAGUAAGCAGGGACAGGACCAGGGCAGGUCCUCUGAGCUGAGGGUGGUGCUGCUUGGGAAGACAGGAGAUGGGAAGAGUGCCUCUGGAAACACCAUCCUGGGCAGUAAGGAGUUUGAAUCUAAAAUCAGCUCCUCCUCAACAACAAGGAAGUGUGAGAAGAAAACCUCUGUCGUUGCUGGGAGAACGGUUUCUGUGAUCGACACUCCAGGAAUCUUCAACACAGAUCUCUCUGAAGACGAGGUUAAAGAGGAGAUUGCGCGAUGCAUCUCCCUGUGCUCCCCGGGACCCCACGCGUUCCUCCUGGUGAUGCCGGUGGGGCGAUACACGGAGCACAAGCGCGAAACAGUGCAGGAAAUCCAGAAGAUGUUUAGUGAGGAAGUUAUGAGGUUCACCAUCAUUCUCUUCACUAGAGCGAAUGAACUAAAAAAGGACAAGACUAUCGAGGAGUACAUUCAGAGAGGCAGCCAGGAGCUCCGAGAGCUGGUUAGAAAGUGCGGGGGGUAUCACGCCUUCAACAAUAAAAAAAAGGAGGAUCGCACCCAGGUCACUGCGCUACUGGAGAAAAUAGAGAGCAUGGUAGCUCUGAACGGAGGCAGCCACUACACUGAUGAGAUGUACCAGCAGGCAGAAACAGCGAUCAAACAAGAGCAGGUUAGUAAAGGAAUAAGCAGAGAAGAGGCUGAAAAUUCCAACAGCUUCAUUAGGAGAUUGACGACCGUACUGACAGGCGCGGCAGUGGGAGCUGGUCUGGGGAUCUUAUUGGGAGGGGGGCUAGCAUGUAUUGCAGGUGGGGCAGCAGUGGUACCAGGGGCAGUGAUGUUAGGGGUAUUAGGGGGAGUAGUUGGAGCGUCAAUUGGAUCAGAAGCAUCAGGGCCAGGCGAUGCAGUACAGAGAGUGAUCAAAGCAAUAGCAGACAUAAAACAGGAAGCAGUCGACGCAAUGAAAACAGUAGCUGUGCCUGAACACCGCAAGCAACAAUAGAAGCAACACGUGCAGCCUAAUGCAAGCUUACCAUGGCGGAUUUAUCAUGCUGCUUACCCCAUGGUUUAAACACACUUUCACUGCUGUACUAUACUGUACCAUGGGAAUGAGACAUCAUAAGAAAUGUUUACUAUGGUUAACUAUUGUAAGAGGUUCCAUUUCUUCUGAAAAAUAAUUCAUCUUCUUCAGGUAAACAAAAUAGUUUAUUCAGGAAUCAAAAUGCAAACAGGAACAAAGAAUCCGAGGUGACACACCAGUGAUCUCACACACACGUGUCAGCGAUGGUGUUCUGAGCUGCAUCAGUGGAGAUGUUAGUUACUUCUGAGCUGAGCUGAGCUUUCAUGGCAUCAGAGACAUUGUUUUCUUCUGAGUCGGCAUGAUGCAGAGAUGUUGGUUUCUGAGCUGCAUCAGUGGAGAUGUUCGUUUCUGGGCUGAGCUGACCAAAGAAAUACAGCACGGCGAUACAGCUAGCUUACGUAAUUUCCUUGACAGAGUACAACAUGGAGAACCAGUGCAGUGAAUUCUCAUUGAAUUCCACAUUCCAGUUUGAACUGCUUCCUCAGAUGGAGAUCAGUGUGUCUGGCAGACAUGAAGUGAAAGAGAGGUGAUCAUUAGUAAUGAUGGGUUUGUUUAACUGGGCUUCCAUGUCUUUGGAUGGAUGUUUUUAUUUACAUGUGUUUCUAUUUUCAAAUCAGUUAAAAUAUCUAGAAUAUAUAGGUUGAAUACAAUUUAAAGAGCCAAGUAACGAAUUAUUUUUCAGUUUUAAUUUCUCAUCUUAAAACAUUCAAUAGUUUGACAAUUCAGUGAAUUCACAUGAACUAUAAACAGCAAUGAUACAACUGCAUCUCUCUCUUGGUUUUUGUUUCUGGUUACAUUUUAAUUUCAGCUUUUCAGCAACAAGAUAAAAUGUAACCUUAUUUUGUGUCAGUGUGCUUGUGUAUUUUCUUUAAUCAGAUCAAAUGGAAUCAAAUGUAUUUUCAUCGGGGCUGUCUGAGUAAACAUGUUAAGUGUUCAAAGUGUUGUGUGUCUCUUCUUCUUCUUAUUAGCACAGUUUUGUUAAAAAUUAACUUUGUAUUGUGCUUUAUAGUACAAUUGAAGUGUUAAUGUUUUCACUUUUCUUCCAAUUCUAUUAAAAUGUAAUAAAUAAACAUG